GAGAGACAAGUAUCCUCUUGCGCAGCUCCUGAGUGAAUGCCCUACUUCCUGUAAAACCAAUACCUAAUAAAAUAAAAUCUAGGUAAAGGUUAUAACGUUUAAUUUUGAGGCGUUUGGAGCAUUUUACCAAGUAUGUCGACCAGAUCCGUUGAGCAGGAGCAGACUGCGUGGCCAGCCCGAGUGCUGCGGUGGCGGGUGAUCGCUGGGAUCUCGGCGCCCCUCGCCCUCCUCGGCGGCGUCGGCCUCACCACCUUCUUCAUCCUUCGGGAAGACUGGAACAGCGUCCUCGCCUCCUCCCUGUUCUUCUUCUCAGUCUUCCAGCUGCUCUACUGGUACCUCCGGGCCAAGACACUGUGCAGCAACCGCAGACAGGUGCGAUCAGGCUUCGUCCAGCCCAGCGAGUCGCCCCGAGAAGUGUUGGAUGAACCUCCACCUUACGAAGAAGUCAUCAAGACUGAGGCUCCUCCUCCGGCCUAUUACACCGUCGUCUCUGAAGCCUACAAGCACGUGCCUUCGCCCGUUUCCCGCACCCUUUCGACCUUUUCGCUCCCAGCUGCUUCUCCGUCUACAAGCUCCGAGAAGUCAAAAGGCCCCAAGCAAGGUCUUAGUUCCACGUGCAUCCCCGUCCACAAGUCCUCUAGACAGGUUUCUUCGGCGUCAGGACCCGCUCAGCCCGAAAGUGACUUCCUCGCAACGCCAAGCGGCCGGAGAGCGACCAGCCAGGCACGAGAGCACACGGGCGACAACGGAUUUCACUCAGAAGAAAAUGUUGGCAGCACAAGACAGACCACAGACCCCAUCAGAGCGGCCAUUGUGAGAGCUCAAGAGGCGCAGUCUGGUGCUCGGCCAGGCCCUCCGGCUCUCAGGUGCUCGCAGCGCCACCUUGGCCAGCCCUCGUCGGCGCCGUCGGCCCCGCGCGCAGACACACAGCAAGAGCACAGAGCGUGAAAAGGGCCUUUUUGUUAUAGUAGUAUUUAAUUCGGUUGGUCUUACUUCGCCAUGGUAAAUGCAUCUCAUAGUUAUAGUUAUU